UCGUGACGAACUGAUGAUCCAGGGAGCUCUUCUAACACCAGAAAGGCCCUGGUGACCGUUGCAGGCCCGCUUUUUGGAGCUAGAUGCCCAAGGCCCCGGAGCGCGGCCUAGGGUCAGCACGGGCUGGGACGUUGCAACGAGGGGCCGGGCGGGGCAGCGAGUCGCCCGCGGGCGAUGGAAGGCCUGGACCCGACAGUCCGGAUUCUACGGGGUGGCCUUUAAAGAACUAGGGUGGAGGGGAAAAAACAAAACAAAGAACUAGGAUGGAAUCAAGGACUCUUUGCUUUGGGUUUAAUGAUAGAACUAAUUAAGCAUUCACCCCAGUUUGUCGACUGCUAAAUUCAGUUUCUUGAGUCCGUAGUCAAAAGCCCAGAUUUUCCUAGGUUUGGAAAACCCACCCUACCACCCCCAGAGGUUCAGCCGCGCUGCUCUCUCACUUAAUGUAGAGAAGGGGACCUUUAAUAGCCCUAGAAAAAUUUAUACCAGCAAGAAGCUUGAUAAAUUCAGACAGCCCAUACCAUCAUUAUUGCCAGGCAAUUAUUUCCCGAGAAGGAAACCAGUUGCUGGCAUUCUCACCACCUUUCUACCUGCCAUGAUCAAGUGCUUGUCAGUGGAAGUGAAAGCCAAAUUGCGUUCUGGUUUGGCCAUAAACUCCUUAGGCCAGUGUGUUGAGGAACUUGCUCUCAACAGUAUUGAUGCUGAAGCAAAAUGUGUGGCCAUCAGGGUGAAUAUGGAAACUUUCCAAGUUCAAGUGAUAGACAAUGGAUUUGGGAUGGGGAGUGAUGAUAUAGACAAGGUGGGACAUCGUUACUUCACUGGUAAAUGCCACUCAGUUCAGGACUUGGAGAACCCAAGAUUUUAUGGUUUCCGAGGGGAGGCCUUGGCAAGUAUAGCUGACCUGGCCAGUGCUGUGGAAAUUUCAUCCAAGAAAAACAGGACAAUGAAAACAUUUGUGAAGCUGUUUCAGAAUGGAAGAGCCCUGAAAGCUUGUGAAGCUGACUUAACUAGACCAAGUGCAGGAACAACAGUAACAGUAUAUAACCUAUUUUAUCAGUUACCUGUAAGGAGGAAAUGCCUGGAUCCUAGACUGGAGUUUGAGAAGAUUAGGCAGAGGGUAGAAGCUCUCUCGCUCAUGCACCCUUCCAUUUCUUUCUCUUUGAGAAAUGAUGUUUCUGGUUCUAUGGUUCUUCAGCUCCCUAAAACCAAAGACGUAUGUUCCCGAUUUUGUCAAAUUUAUGGAUUGGGCAAGUCCCAGAAGUUAAAAGAAAUACAUUUUAGAUAUAAGGAAUUUGAGCUUAGUGGAUAUAUCAGCUCCGAAGCACACUAUAAUAAGAAUAUGCAGUUUUUGUUUGUGAACAGAAGACUAAUUUUAAGGACAAAGUUGCAUAAACUCAUUGACUUUUUAUUAAGAAAAGAAAGUAUUAUAUGUAAGCCAAAGAAUGGCUCUGCCAGUAGGCAAAUGAAUUCAAGUCCUCGACAUCGGUCUACCCCGGAACUCCAUGGGAUAUAUGUAAUCAACGUGCAUUGCCAAUUCUGUGAGUACGAUGUGUGCAUGGAGCCAGCAAAAACUCUGAUUGAGUUUCAGAACUGGGAUACUCUCUUGAUUUGCAUUCAAGAAGGAGUAAAAAUGUUUUUAAAGCAAGAAAAAUUAUUUAUGGAAUUAUCAGGUGAAGACAUUAAGGAAUUCAGUGAAGAUAAUGAUUUUAGUUUAUUUGGAACUUCUCUUCAAAAGCAUAUGUUCUCUGAUGAAAAGCAUGACCAGGGCAGUUUCCAGGAAGCAUGUAAUAAUAUUUUGGAUUCCUAUGAAAUGUUUAAUUUGCAAUCAAAAGCUGUGAAAAGAAAAGCUACUAUAGAAAACAUAAAUACACAGAAUUCUAGGGAUUCACAAGCUAUCAGAAAAAAGACAGAUGUCUCAUCUUUGUCCGCUUGUGAGUUAGACAGCCUGGACCAUAGUAAAAUGACAGAAUUAUCUUUGUUCAAUACAGACAGCUCUUCCUUAGCAUCAAGGAUGUUAGAACAAGGGACAGUUGAAACAUCAGAAUUAAGAGAAAAUGAGAAACAUAAAAUAUCUUGCUUGGACUAUAACUCUUUAGAAAGUCCAUGUGGAAAGAGUUUAGAAAUGUUUUUGAGCCUUUCUCAUACACAACAAUACUUUGAGGAGAAUGGAUCAGAUCUAGAAAUUCAGAAAGUAAGUACACUUGUUAAUGGCAUGGCUGCCAAUGUCCUGAAAAAUAACAGAACUCAAAAUCAACUAGAGAGAUGUAAAGAUGCUGCUGAAAUGAGAUGCCAACCUGUGUCUUUUGGGACAUCAUUGAGAGUUCAUAGUACCCAGAGAGAGAAAGAGAAGGGGAAAAAAGAGCCUAAUGAUUGUGGAAGAAUAAAUAUUUUUAGUUAUGGACAAGUUAAGUUAUGUUCCACUGGAUUUAUAACUCAUGUUGUACAAAAUGAGCAGACUAAAUCAACUGAAGCAGAACAUUCCUUUAAGAACUAUGUCCGACCUGGUCCUGCAUAUGCCCAAGAAAUAUUUGGAAACAGAAUAGAUCAUUCAGUUGAGACUCCAGACAUCAAAGAUUUAACUAGUACUUUAAGUAAAAAAUCUGCUCACCUGCCCAACAAAAAAUUUUGCAGAACAAACACAAGUUAUGGGCUAGCAAACAAACAUAUAGCAACUUAUAAAAAUUUUGCAGUUGUUCAGGAAGGCACUAAAGAAGCACACACCAGUUGCUUAUUACCCGAUACAUCCUCUUCUUUCCCUUGGCAUAAACAUGUUUCAAAUAAUAGUAAGAAAACAGAUACAUUGAUUACUUCCUCCAAAACCAUAGUCUGUAAAAAGCUAAGCUUGAGUUCACAACUAGGAUCUUUAGAGAAGUUUAAGAGACUAUAUGGGAAGGUUAAAAAUCCUCUGGAUACAGAAGUAGAGGAAAAGAAUAGUGAAGUCACUACCAGUCUCAGUCCUCAAGUUGAACCUGACAUUUCUCUGAAAGCCAAGAACCCCUUAGAUAACUCUGAUGUUUGUAAAAUCACUACUGUGAAGCAUAAUGAUUCAAAUAAUAGUUGUCAACCAGUAAGUCACAUCAUGUACUCAGAGAAAUUUCCAUUCUCCAAGGAAGAAGAUUGUUUGGAACAACAGAUGCCUUGUUUAAGAGAAAGUCCUAUAACUCUAACAGAGUUACUUCACUCUAACAGAAAACUUUUGAAUGUUGAGAAGUUACCUGAGUCACUAGCCACUAAAUUGUCCAGACUGAAGGAUUCUGAAAAAGAGACUCAAAUGAUGGAAACAAUGAGACAUUUUAAUGAAUUUCCAAAUUCAGAUCCCAGUAGAAAAGACAGUGACUUAUGCAGUAGGUUAGUCCUAGAUUUUUGUCAGUUAUUUAAAAAUGAUCAUGAAAAAAUAGAGAGUGGCAUCAUCCCAGUGGUAGAUUCUGUCAUGCAGGAUAAUUCCUUCAAUAACAACAGUGAAACACAUUCUAACAGCAAUACAGCAGAGAACCUGAUGAUAUCUGAAACUCCUCUAGUAUUAACCCAUAAUGAUGUUAAAUUAAUUAAAGAUGCAGAUAUUCUUAUCAGAGCCUCAGAGCAACAGAUAGAAAGUCCUGACUCACACAGUAGAAUGUUAAUAAGUCUAGCAGAAAAUACCACAGUUGACCAAAAUGGAGUUUGUUCUCCCAGUAAAGAUUCUGAAGCAAGAGCUUGUUCUGAAAAUGAAGAGUCAAACAACUGUUCUUCAGAUUGGGAGCAGCAUUUUGAUGUAGCCCUGGGAAGAAUGGUUUACAUCAACAAAAUGACUGGACUUAGCACAUUUGUUGCUCCUACUAAGGAUGUUAAGACUGCUUGUACUAAAGAUCUGACAACUAUGGCUGUCGAUGUGAUACUUGGGAAUGGAUCUCAGUACAGAUGUCAUCCUUUUAGAAGUGACCUUAUUCUUCCUUUCCUUCCAAGAGCUCGGGAAGAAAGGACUGUGAUGAGACAGAAUAACACAGAUGCUGUGGAUGAUGCUGUUGGUUGUAAUGAAUCACUUCAGUCUUUGUUAUCAGAAUGGGACAAUCCAGUAUUUUCCCGUUACCCAGAGGUUGCAGUUGAUGUAAGCAGUGGCCAGGCCGAGAGCUUAGCAGUUAAAAUUCACAACAUCUUGUAUCCCUAUCGUUUCACCAAAGAAAUGAUUCAUUCAAUGCAGGUUCUCCAGCAAGUGGAUAACAAGUUUAUUGCCUGUUUAAUGAGCACUAAAACUGGAGAGAAUGGCGAAGGAGGUGGAAACCUGUUAAUCUUGGUGGAUCAACAUGCUGCCCAUGAGCGCAUUCGUUUGGAGCAGUUGAUUACUGACUCAUGCGAGAAGCAACAACCCCAAGGCUGUGGUCGGAAAAAAUUACUGUCCUCCACUAUAAUUCCUCCUCUAGAUAUAACAGUGACUGAGGAACAAAGGAGACUCUUAUGGUGUUACCACAAAAAUCUGGAAGAUCUGGGCCUUGAAUUUACCUUUCCGGACACUAGUGAUUCUCUGGUCCUUGUGGGGAAAGUACCACUCUGUUUUGUAGAAAGAGAAGCCAAUGAACUUCGAAGAGGAAGAUCUACUGUAACCAAGAGUAUUGUGGAGGAAUUUAUUCGGGAACAAGUGGAGCUGCUCCAGACCACAGGAGGCAUCCAAGGGACAUUGCCGCUGACAGUCCAGAAGGUGCUGGCCUCCCAAGCUUGCCAUGGGGCUAUUAAGUUUAAUGAUCACCUGAGCCCUGAGGAGAGCUAUCGCCUUAUUGAAGCUCUGUCCUGGUGCCAGCUGCCUUUCCAGUGUGCUCAUGGGAGACCCUCUAUGCUGCCGUUAGCCGACCUAGACCACUUGGAGCAGGAGAAACAGACUAAACCUAACCUUGCUAAACUUCGCAAAAUGGCCCAGGCUUGGCAUCUCUUUGGAAAAGCAGAAAGCUGUGAUAUGAAGCAGAGCCUGCAGCAAUCCAUGCCUCCUUGUGAGCGGCCGUGAGAACAGACACUGAUCUAUAAGGAACCAAAGGGAUUACAGGAUGCUAACUAUCGCCCCUGAGCAAAGAGCACAAGCAGCAGUAGCCACAUCACGUUGGCUGAGUUGGCUCUGUCUGGAGCAAAGUCCUUUACGGCAGUCUUUCUGAGUAGAUGGCCCCUCUACCUGAGCAGCCAGAUGGGAUUCAAGCCUGAAGACAGUUCAUUCAUUUGCAGCCAUGGGUACAGGACAUUGCCAUAUAAUGUCUGCCUUUUGUAAUUUAUUUAGUGAUAACAUUUAAUGAUUAAUUGUCUGAUUGAUGGGUUGGCUUAUUUUUUUUUUUUUUUUUUGGUACCGCGAUCGAACUCAGGACCUUGCGCUUGUGAGGCAGGCGGCGGAACCACUGAGCUAAAUCCCUGGCCAGGUUGGUUUAUGUUUGAAGGUUGUGGUUUGGUUGUGGCCCUUUUUUCCAGCCUCUGAAUUUGUGAUUAUAUAAUUGAGUUGGUGCUGAACCCCAAGAGCUACUCUGCUUUCCUCAACAGCCCUCGAUGUUUCUCCAUUAGGCUCUCCUUUCCCUUUAUUGAUAAAGGGAAACACAGGCAAAGAUAAGAUAGAGAAAAUGUCCAGUUUCCUGUUUUGGUUUUUUUUGCUAGUUUCUUUUAUUGCUUUUCAAAAACUUAGAGACUCAUGUUCAUAUCCUGAAUAUCCUAAACCAGUAAACAUAACAAUGAGCUUUAAAAAAAUAAACGAUUUUAUUUUUUACUUUCUAAAGUGUUUAUGUGAAAGGAAUCGUCAUAUCAAAAUAGCAGCAUUUAUUCUUUCAACCUAACAAGACAUGAUGUUCAAUUUUUUUUUUUUUAAACAGGGAUUCUUUUGGUCCCUUUCAAAUUGUAUCUUGAUUUUAUUACAGUAUGCCUAUAUAGUAGCCUUAUAAUUUGACCUGGAGCCAAGACUGACCUUUCUACAAAUGCUUGCUAUGCCAUUCUUAAUCUGUAUCUUACCUUUUCAGAUAACUUGAUUUGUGGUUAAUAGGACCCAAUUGACUAAGUAUAGAGGAGGGGAACAGCAUUUAUUACAACACCAACAAUAUAUACUAUACACUUAGUGAAAUGUUUCGAUGAGCAUUUUCACUUCAGUAUUUCUUGACCAGCCUGUUCAAAUUGGCCUUUAGAUAAUAAAAUAGUUUCCCUCGUGCCAAGGAUAUAGCUCAGCGGUUCUGCCGCCUGCCUCACAAGUGCAAGCUCCCGAGUUCGAUCCCUGGUACCAAAAAAAAAAGUUUCCCUUGUUUUAUUUUUUAUUUUUUCCCCUCAUUUUUAAAUACAGAAAACAAAUGUAUGCUCAGCCCUGGACUGAGUCUUAGUAAUGGAAGCAUCACCUUCUUUUUUUUUUUUUGCAGUACUGGGAAUCAAACUCAGGAUCUUGAGCUUGCAAGGCUGGCACAGCACCACUGAGCUAACUCCCUGGCCUGAAACCAUCACCUUCUUGAGCACGGGCCUCAGGAAGGUGUAGGGAAGCUUUCACCCCUUCUCAGGGAUCUUUGUAGAGUUAUGUAAUUGGAACCCUGAACAUGGCUUCAUCCUUCUAUGAUAGAGUUUUCAUACACUAGGAGCUGUGACCCUAGAAAGGAGGGUGUUUUCAGGGGCUCUGCAAGGCUGUCAGAAGCCAUGGCCUUAGGCCUCACCCUCACUCUCAGGAGCCACAUGGGAGAAACCUGUCCCAGGAAUUGAAAAAUCUUUUCAGAACAGACCAAUUUGUGGGGUUUCAAAAAGUGUUACCAUACCUCUUAUUAGAAUGAUGGGGUGGAAUUUUAAAAAGGUUUUGCUAUUUGUAAUCCCAAACUACUUCGUUUUUCUGAGAGCAGCAGAGGAUUAGAAAAAGUUCGCAAAUUAUGUAACCAGUGUUCCUGUUAGCCUGACUCAAGCAAUGUAUUAUAAUUACCCCAUUUUAAUAAUUUAUAAAUUCAGUAGCAUGCAUCAGCAUAAACCAACCUAUUAGCCAAAAAUAUCUGAUAGAUUACUUUAUUGCCUGUUAGAACUUUCUUUUGUUUUAUUUUCACAAGUGUUAUAAGAACAAAGAUACAUUUCAACUUACAUUUAAUGUUAUAAUACAUAAUAGUAAUUAUUGACACCAACAUGGUAUAUGGUACUUUAAGCUCCUCUCUCUCUCUCUCUCUCUCUCUCUGUUUUUCCCCCCCAGUAUGGGGGAUAGAACCAGAGCCUUUACACUGAGCUAAAUGCCCUCCCCUUUUUUUUUACCAGGAAUCAAACUCAAGGCCUUGCACUUGCCAGGCAGGAGCUGUGCUGCUGAGCCACAUCCUCAGCCCACAUGCCCCUAUUUUAAAAAAGUAUUUUGAGGGCCAGGGAUGUGGCUCAGUGGUGCCCCGCCUGCCUGGGAAGCACAAAGUCCUGAAUUCAAUCCCUGGUACUGGGUGGGUGGGGUGGUAUUUUUGAGACAGGGUUUCGAUAAGUUGCCCAGAUGGGGCUCAGACUUGCCAACUUGCUGCCUCAGUGCUGCCACAGUGCUGGGAUUACAAAUGUUCGCCACCAUGCCAAGAAACUUUAAAAAGUAGCUUAUCAUAUACCUUAUUUGAAAACUUUAUAAAGUAGCUUAUCAUAUACCUUAUUUGAAUUUUUUUUCUUUUUCAGUACUGGAUGGAACCUAGGGUCUCACACAUACUAGGUAGGCAGUCUAGCACUGACCUAUAUCCCCAACAUUUCAAUUUCUUGACAGCACAUAAGAAAAAGUAUUCUUCUUCCCACUUUAUAAAGGGGAAACUAAGGCAGAAUAUUAAGUGAUUUGAGAUCAUAUAGCAAGUAAGUGAUAAAGCGAAGAGUGGUACUCAGGUUUCUGACUUCAGUAACAAAAAUAAAUAACUGGCAUGUAUUGGGAAUUUCUA